CUGAUAGCUACUACUCACCAUGUACAAAGCCAAAAUCUUGCAAAAAAUCAAAUCGGUGGCAGAAGCCCAUAGGAAUAAAGUCAAAAACGAGUCCUUCCGUAAGUAAUACAUGAUCACGCUGCCACAAUGCAAGGAUUGCAAAACACGCGGACAUUUCAACAAGGCAUACCAUGAAUGCAAGUUUUACAAAGCAGUUUCUGCGGCUGAUGUUGGAAGUAGCGGCAAGAAACGUAAGCAAUCAGCUACAAUCAAGGAAGAAAAGAAGCAAGCAAAGAGAAAGAAGAAGCAAACAACUGGAGAUAUCAAGUGCAUCAGUUGUGACUUACUGGGUCAUUCUACUUCUCGUUCCCUCGAAUGGAAAAGUUGCCAAAGGUUAUACAGCCCAACUGGAACAAUUCUGCAAAGUCUUCAACUUCAAAAAGUUUGGCUUUAA